AAACACCAAACCAAACCAAACCAAACCAAAAGCAUACAUAAGAUAAAGCUAAGGAACAAACCACAAGUUAAAAAAAAAAAGAAAAAAAAGAUAGAGCAUCUCUCUGUUCUGUUCUGAUUCUAUCUCUCCCCACAACAUACACAAAUCUUCUUCUUCUUCUUUCAAAGGACCACCUCGCUUUCAAAAAUUCAUUUUUGCAUAUGGGUUUUCUCUGUUGAAGCGCGAAUUUUGAAGAUAGUUUGAUAAAAGAGAAAACAAAAAAGAGAAAAAGAAAAAUAAUGACUUGGAAAAGCAGAGGAGAGUUUUCUUCUAGAAGCGCUAUAUUGCAGAGAUGGACACUUUUGCUGUGCCUCGGAAGCUUCUGUGCUGGCAUGCUCUUCACUAACAGGAUGUGGACUGUUCCUGAACCUAAAGGUCUUUCACGAACAACAGCUACAGAAGCUGACAAAUUAAAUGCAGUUUCAGAGGGUUGUAAUUCGAGAAUUUUGCAAGAGAUGGAAAUGAAGGGCGAAGCUAAUGACAUUUACAGAGAAGUUUUCAAGAGUCAUAAUUCCAUACAAACUUUGGAUAAGACUAUUUCCAAUUUAGAGAUGGAAUUGGCUGCUGCAAAGGCAGCUCAGGAGUCUAUACGAAGUGGUGCUCCUGUUUCAGAAGAUAUAAGGAUGACCGAUUCAACGGGUAAGAGAAAGUACCUAAUGGUCAUAGGUAUUAAUACUGCAUUUAGCAGCCGGAAAAGAAGAGACUCAGUUCGGGCCACCUGGAUGCCACAAGGUGAGAAAAGAAAGAAGCUAGAGGAAGAAAAGGGCAUUAUCAUCCGUUUUGUAAUUGGACACAGUGCUACAUCAGGGGGUAUCCUAGACAGAGCUAUUGAAGCAGAAGAUAGAAAGCAUGGAGAUUUCUUGCGGCUGAAUCAUGUGGAAGGAUACCUCGAAUUGUCAGCAAAGACAAAGACAUAUUUUGCCGCUGCUGUGAACUUAUGGGAUGCUGACUUCUAUGUCAAAGUUGAUGAUGAUGUUCAUGUAAAUAUAGCAACACUGGGAGAAACUCUAGUUAGACACCGAUCAAAACCACGGAUAUACAUUGGAUGCAUGAAAUCUGGACCCGUCCUAUCUCAAAAAGGGGUAAGGUACCAUGAACCUGAGCAUUGGAAGUUUGGUGAGUCUGGAAACAAGUACUUCCGUCACGCCACAGGACAGUUGUAUGCCAUUUCAAACGAUCUGGCAGCAUACAUAUCAAUUAACCAGAAUGUUCUUCACAAGUAUGCCAAUGAGGAUGUGUCACUUGGAUCUUGGUUUAUUGGACUUGAUGCGGAGCAUAUAGAUGACCGAAGACUUUGUUGUGGCACUCCUCCAGAUUGUGAAUGGAAGGCACAGGCAGGCAACAUUUGUGUUGCUUCAUUUGAUUGGAGUUGCAGUGGAAUUUGCAGGUCUGCUGAAAGGAUUAAAGAGGUACAUAGGAGGUGUGGAGAAGGUGAGAAUGCUUUGUGGAGUGCCUCUUUCUAGGAGGUAACUUUGGAGUUCUUCCUAACUCAGGAAGAUUAUUAUUACGGCAAUGAAUCAAGACUGCGAGAUUUCCUUUUUCUUUUUAUAUAUAUAUUUGUGCAGUAUAGAGAAAUAUCAUGUUACACGAGAAAUCAGGUGUAAGAAAAGUGUGCGUGUGAGAGAGAGAGAGAGAAUGCUUGCCCCAUGGACCUUCUGCAUUUUAAGAGGAGAUUGACCAUGGUAGCAGCUAGAAGAGGAAGCACGAGAUUGUCCUCAUCCAUUCUUUGAUGCUUGAAGGGCCACUCUGUUUUGUUAAUAGUUCCAUGGCUAUCAAGCUCCUAAUAAAUAGAUAUAAUUGGGUUGCUAUUGCUGCCCUUCCU